CAUGAUCCCUCUCUCACUCGUAACACUCGCCCUCUUGCCGCUCAGCGUGCUGGCCUCGCAGGACCAGGCCUCGCCCAUCCACGUGCCCAUCUCCAAGCGAGGCAACGCGAUUCCUGUCGCCAAGCUCCCUUACAUCGUCGACAACAUCCGUCUCAAGUAUGGCUACGACUCCAGGUUGGCCAAGAACAGUCGGAGAGCGAGCAGCGCCGCAGUGCCCAUUACUGACGAGCAAAACGACUCAAGCUACUCGGGCCAAGUUAGCAUCGGCACUCCAGCCCAAACUUUCAAUGUCAUCCUCGACACUGGUUCAUCCGAUCUCUGGGUCCUCACCACGAGCUGCCAGGGCUGUGGUUCGAGCUCGUUCAACCCUUCUUCGUCCUCGACCUUCAAGCAGAGCCAGUCCAGUACCGAGCUCGACUACGGCUCAGGUGCCGUCAAGGGUGUCAUCUCUGAGGACACAGUAACAUUUGCAGGGUACACCAUUAACCCGCAGAUCUUCCUCGCUGUCACGCAGACAUCGCAAGGCCUGCUCUCCUCCGGCCUCUCGGGCAUCAUGGGCCUCGGCUUCCAGACCAUCUCGGGCCUUCAGACCGCGCCGUUCUGGGCUGCCCUUAGCAACAGCUCGCAGCUCUCUGCAUCCGAAAUGGCGUUUUACCUGGAGCGCUACGUCAACAGCGCCAGCGAGGUCGAUUCGGCCGUGGGAGGUGUUAUGACGCUCGGUGGCACGAACAGCAGCUUGUACCAGGGCAGCAUCGACUAUCAGAACUUCCCGAGCGGUACCACGCCGAGCUAUUGGCUGCAGAACGUUAAUUCCAUGAGCGUUAACGGCAACUCGAUAUCAAUUAGCAACGGUCUCGCUGCGAUUGACACUGGUACCACUAUGAUUGGUGCUCCCUCCGACGUCGUUCAGAGUGUGGUUAAGGCUAUUAGUGGCGCGCAGAUGUUGAGCGGCGAGUACGAGGGAAUGUUCGAGUUCCCCUGCAAUACCAAUGUAAAUGUUACCCUCAACUUUGGCGGCCAGACCUGGCCUGUCUCCGCGGCGGACAUGAACCUCGGCCAGCUCACGACUGGCAUGUCCCGCCGCGCGUCGCAGUCCAUGUGCGUGGGCGGCAUCUUUGACGUAGGCUCCACUAUCUCGAGCGGCUCGAGCUCGGGUGUGCCCGCUUGGAUCGUCGGCGACACAUUCCUCAAGAACGUGUACAGCGUCUUUAGGGCGAGUCCACCCUCGGUCGGGUUCGCGCAGCUCGCUAGCGGGUUGAACUCGAACACUGGCUCUUCCGGCGGUAGCAUUACCGCAAGCGCCUCCGGUGUCCCCUUCCCUACCACCAGCUCGGGCUCCGGUUCGGGCUCUGGCUCCAACCCCUUCGGUUCGAGUGGCAACGGCGCUGCCGCAUCCCACGCUGCGAUGGGCAUGACGCUCCUCGGCGCCGUCGCAGCCGGCGCUGCGCUCGUGCUAUAAGCGCUUUCAUAGCAAUCGAAUACCAGCAAGACAAAGUAGAAAGCUCACAGGACAGGCAUCCAUUCACGGUCACCCACUUGAUAUCUGCAUAAUGCUAUUCCCACACAAAUACCGCUAUUCCUGUUUUCGUUCCUUCUAGUUCCAGGAAGGAAGUUCGGCUCAAUACACACGCACACGUAUACCUACGUUUACCCGUACUAUACUCACUUACCCUUUCUCGUAUCAUGUACACCUGAACUCUGCUCACCCAUGCCUCCUUUCCGCGCUUCGCUCUGCCAUCACUCGCUAGCAGCCUGCAUCUUCUGCGUAGUUCUAUUUCCGUACUAUCCCG